AUGUAUAUACAGAGAUUCAAUGGGAAAUAUCACAGAGCGAGUGAAGUAUCUCAGGGGGUAGUUUUACUGGAAUUCAACAGACCUCCAGUCAAUGCCUUCAAUGAUGAUAUGUGGAAGGAAUUGCGAACGAUCGUCGAUACAAUCUCAGAUACGCCUGAGAUCCGAGUGAUCGUACUUUCCUCAGCUUUAGACAAGGUUUUCACAGCUGGGCUGGACUUAAAUUCCCAAACCGAGCUGAACUCACCUGCUUUGGAUCCAGCAAGGAAAGCUAUCCAACUUCGUGAUCAUGUUUUGGAUUUCCAAGAUGCCAUUACCUCCCUUGAACGAUGCCGUCAACCGAUAAUAUGCGCAAUGUUCGGUACCUCCGUUGGACUAGCUAUAGACUUAGCAUCAGCUUGUGAUGUGAGGAUAGCAAGUAAUGAUACGACUUUCGGUAUAUUCGAAGUCAACGUAGGUCUAGCAGCGGAUAUAGGUACACUCCAACGUCUACCUAAGAUUACAGGUAACGAAUCGAAGUUGAAGGAACUUGCCUUAACUGGAAGGAAGUUCGGAGCUUCUGAAGCGAAGGAGCUGGGAUUUAUAAGUGAUAUAGUUAGGAACGGGAGGAAAGAAGUCAUUGCCGCUGCCGUGGAAAUGGCCAAAGUGAUAGCUGCUAAAAGUCCUGUAGCAGUUUUAGGUACGAAACAUCUGAUCAACCACGCAAGGGAUCAUACUAUCGAAGAAGGUCUGAGAUACACAGCUAUAUGGAACGCUUCAAUGCUACAAUCAAUAGACACAACGGAAGCUAUGAAAGCUGUCAUGGCAAAACGUAUCCCUAAAUUCGCACCUUUUGGUAAUCCGUCUUCUCCCUUGAAAUCUAAAGCCAAGUUAUGA